AGACGACUUAACUUGGACCUCUGGUUCCUCUCUUCUCCACAUCCUCAUCACAGGCAUUCUCUUCGGAAAUACAGACACACGGAGUAGGAUGAAAGGAGACGAGUCAACAUCUCACUCCUUCACUUCCCAGUCAAAUACGCCUCCGCAUCUCUCACGUCUCAAGCCCAAAAUGCCGCCUCUCGACCCGAAGCGUGAGCCACUGAACCCAGACAGACGCUUGAUUUUGACGCCAUCGAUGAUACCAAAUUCCUCCAACUUUGACGCCAAAGAUUCUCGAUACUUCAAAAAAUUCACCAACCUACCUUCACCAGAAGAGGUCCGCAAGCAAGCCAAGGCUCAGCAACUCGCAGGAACCUCCGUGGAUAAGAGGAGAACACUGUAUGAGGGUGAUAUUCAACGGCGAGCGCCGGUAACGGUAUUCCAAGAGUUGUCUCUGCUUGUGAAAUGGGGGGGCGAGAUGACAAUUUCGGAGGGUCAGUGCCUGUAUGGCAUUGGUCUGCUCCUCAAGGAUCAUGUCCCGGUUCCAGAGCUCUACGGCUGGCGGCAGGAUGGAGGCGAAACAUUCCUUUAUAUGGAAUAUCUCGAUGCACAGACACUGGAGCAAGCGUGGGAUAGCCUGGGGUCCGAUGACCGUGUUUCGAUCUCCGGUGAGCUUCGGAUUAUCUGCGCCAAUCUUCGCCAUCUCGAACAAGAUCCGGAAGAUCCGUUCAUAGGUAGCAUCGCACGAUCUUAUGUCUGCGAUCGAGCCUACCGUGAAGAUGGCUGGCUCGAAGCCGGGCCAUUCAACACAGUCCAGAAGUUCCAUGAUUGGUUCACUUGGCUACCACGAAAACCAAUGCCCGAUCCUUUUAUCGUCCCAAUUGAACGCGAACGCUAUGAUUUGCCGGAUGACACGGCCAUCGUUUUUACACAUGGUGACCUUCAUCGCAGCAAUAUCCUCGUCACGCGCUCUGAGCCGUAUCGCGUUGUUGCAAUUGUCGAUUGGGAGCAGUCAGGCUGGAUGCCUGCAUACUGGGAGGCCAGAAAGGCACAAUGGUCCGUUGGUACCGAUGAUCCUUGGUCUACCACAUAUCUACCAAUGAUUAUGUGCCCAUUUACCAGUACCUGGCUCCCCUGGACUUGGUUCUCAGGCUCCAUGGUGCCCUAAGUUACUGGCAUGAAAUGGCAUUUUCGCAUGGCACCCGAGUGACCAUGGCAGCUACAUCACACCAAUUAUUUUCUACCAUUCAGACCACCCUCGAUAUGCUCAGGUCUGCAACCAGUUUGCUAUGGCAAUGGCGAGCCU